UCCUUACGGGGUUGUCGUCCGCCGAGAAUGGUUUCUAGUGUCCUCAAACCGCCGCCUAGGCGCGUGCUGUGAAAGGAAGUGCCCCUCUGAUGACCAAUCAGCGGCGAGAAGUCGUUUUAACGUCCCCUCCUUUCAUCCCUCCUUCCCCAGGCUUUGGUUCGUACUCCCGCCUCCCAGCGACGUGUCUGCGCGGUGCGGCCCUUCCAGGACACCGUCGCCGCACACUCGACUCGGGAACCGGCGGCGAUCUGCCUCCGCGACAUGGCCGGCUCAGAGACUGAGUGGGUAACCAUUGCCAAUAACCUUCUUUUUAAAUGUCAAAUACACCUGAGGAUACACGAACUUGAAGACUGUGAUGCUGAUGUUUUCAUUGCUCUUUAUCAAUCCAUUUUGGGAGAAAAGGUACCAGACCUCAUAGUUAUUCCAAGGAGUCAAGAGGAUGAUGCACACAAUGUACAAGCAGUGAUUGAUUCACUGGCCUUGGAUUACCUGCAGGUCAGCUUGUCUCAUAUAACAGGAGAAAAUAUAGUGAAAGGAGAUAAAGAAUCUAUUAAGAAUCUCCUAGAAAUAUUUGAUGGGUUGCUGGAGUAUCUUACAGAACACAUCAGUGAAACAUCUCAUGAGAAAACAGGUGAAACUGAACAGUGUUUUAAAGAAUCCUGUCGAGAAGAACCUUUGGAAGAGCCAGAAAGUACUAAAGAAUCUAAGUCAUCAUGGAAAAGAGUUUCUUUUGAGAGGUCCUCCUUGUCAUCUGACGUCUUGGGUGCCUCUUGGGAUGAAGAUGAAGGACAAUACACCAGUGAAAUAAUUAGACUUGGAGACACAGCACACACCUUUUCUCUAAGAAGUAAUGGUAUCCAAAGUCCUAAUGAAAUGAAGUCUAAAAAAGCCUCAGCCUCACCAAGUUCUAAACCAUGUGAAGAUGUGUUAAAUCCUCCCUCAUCCAGUUUUUUGUCCAACAAUAGGACAUCCUUUGUUGAAGACAUGGAAACCCCUUCUGCGAGUAUGAUCCCAAGCGCUAGGAAGCUAGGGGAGCCUAUCCGAGCAGCUAUUCCUUUACAUCCACCCUACCACCCUUCAGAGCCUCGAGCACCCUGCCCCAUAGGAAAAGAAUACUUGCGUACAAGUCAUCGCUGUCCUGCUGUGACUUCUACUGGCGAACACACAGCAUUUUCUGUGGAACCAGAUGAUAGAGUUUUCUUAACUUCCAAGUUGCCUAAAGAUAGCAAACAAGAAAUGUGUUCAGCUCAGGUCCAAGGCCCUAGGACAAGGAAGCUUCCCAAAGGAAAAAGAAGUGAAAAUAGAGCUGCAGCCUCGUCCUGGGAUUCAACUUUCUCCCAGAAGCCAAGAAAGAGGUUAACAGAACAAGAAUUACAUGCAGUAUCAGAGAAACUCUCUCAGCGGCUCUCUGAACUAGAUCGGAUGUUAAAAAGUGCCCUGGGUGAUCGAAUUAAAGAAAAGACUGACCAUAAAGAAGAUAUUGGAAAUGAAGAGGCGGAGAAUGGAAAUGCAGAGACAUUGUCUCAACACAGUGACAGCAUCGUGGAGUGUGGGCCAAAGAAGCCAAGGCCAGGACUUUCCAUGCAUAGAAAGUCACUCUACAGAUCCCAUUCUCUCUCUCCAUCUCCAGUCAACAAACACAAACAGCCUCACAUGGAGAGAAAAUGGCAGCACAAGCCAAAAGAAACAGACGUCUGCCAGUUCCAAGCAAAGGCACUAACUGAAGCAUUUGAAAGGGAACUAAGAAGAAAUAAAGUUCAAGAGAAUAUUGGACCUCUAGGGAUAAAUGACGAGGAGGAGGAAACAGAAAAAAUAUACAGAAACGCUGUUUAUAAAGGAACUCCAAAACGUAGACAGCCCUGGAAGAUUUACUCUAGAAAAACCACAACUCAUAGUCCAAGAGGUGGCUUUCCAAAGCCAAAUAAAGCAGUUCCAAUGCAAGUUAACAAACACAGUCUCCUGCCCCAUAUGCUGGAGCAGUUUCCAUUUCUCUCUGUUUCUGGCCCAACACUAAGCAAAAUGUGGAAACAGCAAAUUGCACAGGUUGAACAGCUCAAAAAAGAUGCAUACAGAGAAGAUCGGUCAAAGAAGAAACUCCAGGAUGAAAUAGAAGAAGCCCUAAGGAGGCACGACCUCCUUACUGCCCUUGUCAAGAAAGAGUAUGAACAUAACAAGAGACUGCAAGACUUUAAGGACCGCAUUCAUAGACAGAGGUUAACCCAGUCAAAGAUAAAAGAAAAUCGGCAGCAAACUGUUCGUGCCAGAAAAUAUUAUGAUGAUUAUAGAGUUCAGUUGCGUGCCAAAAUGAUGAGAAUGAGGACCCGGGAAGAAAUGAUAUUUAAGAAACUGUUUGAAGAAGGUUUACAAAUUCAGAAGCAAAGACUACGAGACCUGAGACACUAUGCCAAAGAAAAGCGAGACGAACAAAAGAGACAGCACCAGAAUGAAUUGGACUCAAUGGAGAACUACUAUAAGGACAAGUUUUCAUUGCUGGCAGAAGCCAUAUCACAAGAACGCCAAGAACUCAAAGCCAGAGAGAAAUCUCAGGCCCAGACAUUACAUAAGGUGAAGAGGGAGCUGAGAUCCAAGAUGGAGAAGGAAAUCCAGCACCUGCAGUACAUGAUUACACAGAAUGACGACGACGUUUUCUUCCGGGAACUGGAAGCCGAGCGCUUCAGACCUCGGCUUCAGCUGGCUUCCUUUCAGUACAGGAAAAGUCCCUUCCCAUGACCUCCUAGGUGGUUUCUGAAGGCCUUUGUGAGGACAGAGCUAGAAUUGGGCCAGUAAACAGUCGAAACCAGAAAAAUCAUUUUUAAAUGUCUCAUCUAUGUAUUUAUUCCAAUACUUUUUAUGAGGUAAUUUUUUAAAUAAAAAUUGUUUUCUUAAAGCUUA